GCAAACAGGAAGCAAAACUUAUUAUUCCGUCUUCCUGAGGAGACACACACACACACACAGAAAUAAACACAAUAAGAAAAACCUCUACACAAAAACAACCACAUCCACUGAGAGGACAACUGCUGGAGGAAACACUGGAAACACUGGAUUACUGGAAUACUGGAAUACCUGAACUUCAACACGCUGCGGACUGAACCACGACUCAAAGUGAAAGUAAAUCUUCCUGGACUGACGCACCUCGCUGUCCGUUUGCCGGGCUUUCAGUUUUACUGAGAGACAAAAUGUCUUCCAAAUCAGACAAGGAUUUCUCUUGUCCCAUCUGCCAUGAUAUCUACAAAGAUCCUGUUGUCCUGUCAUGCAGCCACAGCUUCUGUAAAGCCUGUCUGCAGAGAUGGUGGAGGGGGAAACAGGCACUUCUGUGCCCGUGCUGUAAGACAAGAUCGUCGAGGAGCGAUCCACCUCGUAACUUGGCUUUGAAGAACCUGUGUGAGGCGUUCUUAGAGGAGAGAGAUCGCAGAGGUUCGGUAAAGUCUGAGGUUCUCUGCAGUCUGCACGCUGAGAAGCUCAGACUCUUCUGUCUGGAUCAUAAGGAGGCCGUGUGUCUCGUCUGCAGAGAUUCAAAGAAACACACCGACCACACAUUCAGACCCAUUGAUGAGGCUGCACAGGAUCACAGAGAGGAGCUGCAGAAACUCCUGAAGCCUCUGCAGGAGAAACUGAAGCAGCUUGACCAAGUUAAAGGAAACUGGGACCAAACAGCACAGCACAUUCAGGUCCAGGCCCGACACACAGAGAAGCAGAUACAGGAGCAGUUUGAGAAGCUUCGCCAGUUUCUAAAGGAGGAAGAGGAGGCCAGGAUCACUGCUCUGAGGGAGGAAGAGGAGCAGAAGAGUCAGAUGAUGAAGGAGAAGACUGAGGCUCUGGGCAGAGACAUAGCAGCUCUUUCUCACACUGUCAGAGUCACAGAGAAGGAGCUGAGAGCUGAGGACUCCUCAUUCCUGUUCAACUACAAGGCUGCAGUGGAAAGAGUCCAGCAGCGCCCCCUGCAGGAUGAUCCACAGCUGCUCUCAGGAGCUCUGAUAGACGAGGCCAAACACCUGGGCAACCUGACCUUCAACAUCUGGAACAAGAUGAAGGAGAUGGUCUCCUACACUCCUGUGAUUCUGGAUCCGAACACCGCCGACCCCGAGCUUGUUGUGUCUGAAGAUCUGACCAGUGUGAGACAUGGAGAGCGUCAUCAGCUUCCGAAAAACGAGGAGAGGACCAAAUUCUCCUGCUCCGUUCUCGGCUGUCGCGGAUUUGACUCAGGGACUCACAGUUGGGACGUUGGCGUCGGAGACAACAAGGAUUGGGAACUGGGCGUGUUGGGAGAGCACACCCAGAUGAGCGAAAGCCUGCAAGCAGGACUGUGGAGAAUUAUGUUCUCCAAUACGAAGUUGACAGCGUUCUCCACAUCAGGCUCAGAGCAGGAUCUGUCUCUGAAGAAGAAGCUCCAGAGGAUCAGGGUUCGUCUGGACUUCGACAAAGGAGAACUGUCAUUCCAUGAUCUUGACUCCAACACACACAUACACACAUUCAAACACACUUUCACUGACACCCUGUUUCCAUACAUUUACACAGAGAGUCAUCUCGCAAUGAAGAUUUUACCAGUGAAGGUGUCUGUGACCGUGGAACAGCCCAGGUAGAGAUCAUGAUGACAGAGUUAGACAAUAUGACAAAAUCUACUGAGAGAUGAAAAUUCUCGAUUGACACAAAUUUUUCUUUUCAUUUGCCAAGAUAUCAUUUCGAUUAUUAUCUUUGGUUGUGUUACGAAAUUGCGGGUAAUGCUAGAUUUACAAGAUUGAUACGUCAAUGUAAUGAAUAAUCUCUGUUCUGUAAAAUUAAAUUACAUAUUUAGAAGUUUAGGAGAAGAAAUCCCUUCCUGUUCUUGCUCAAUGUAACUUUGGAGAGUGGGUGAGAGUCACAGCUUCAAUUGUCAGAAUCAGCUGCAGCAAGUUGAAGAGAAAAGCUGAACUGUAGAUUAGUCAAAAAGACUUAGAAAUCCAAAUUAAGCAGGAAACUUUUGAAAUAUUAAGAAUUCUAAACAGAGUUUGGUGGAUUUGUAACAGCUGGUUCAGGAAGCCGGGGAUUAUGGGUAAUAUCCACAGCUGAGUUGUGUUUCAGUUCAGUGAGUGGGACAUGGAGCCCAACAGAAUUAAUCUCCACGUGUGCCUGCAGAGGGCGCUGUUGCUCAGUGAAAGCUACAUAGACGGGAUACAGGUUUACUGAGCUCAGAUGCUAAUAAUAACAAUUAGAAAACAUCAUUAGCAUAAGCAAUGCAGUGUUGAACAUCUUCAGCUGCAGCGUCUCAUCUUUAGCUGGAGCUGUAACCGGAUAAAAUAUCAGACGUGCUCGUGGUCGCUCGUCGUAUCAGCUGUAGCCAAUCACCUUGACAACGGGCCUAAAUUUAACUUGUGUGUUUGCGUGCUCUCUGCUCACCGCUGUCAGCGCUUGUCAGAGAGAGUUUGCGAGAGAAGAACCGUACAAUCAGACAUCUUGACGAGUGUCGCUAUAGCAACCCGUCCCGAGAUGAUGGUGACGAAGCUGUGAUGUUUUUACAGAUUCUUUGAUGCUGUAUCAUUAAUAUUUGUGAUGUGAAUUCUUUUGACACUGGAUGGUGGGCUGUUGUGUUUUUGGAUGAAAUGCUUAGAAAUAGGUUGAAAUUCAGUUAAUGAGGCAAAGGUGUUUUCAUUUAAUGGCUCCGGUAGAAGGGCAGCAUUACUUCAAUGUUUUGUGUUAUGUUGUGUUGAAAAUGUGAAUGUCAAAACUGAUUAGAUAAAAAAAGUACAAAUCCUUUUGUUUAACAGAAAGCAAAUCUAUAACGUGUGCAUUGUGAUUUUUCUCUGAUUUUUCUUUGUAUUAUUGUAAUUGUGGGAUCAAUAAAAAUUAAA